GCCAUCACGCUGACAGCAGACAUAACCUGAGAGGUUGUUUUGGUGUUUACUUGGUCCACGUGAGAUCUCCGCCGGGAAGAGUUUUACCAGCAAGAUGCGAGCUAACGUUACGGGAAGUCGUCCUACAUUUAGGAAACCUGGUUUUCACAAAGGAGGCAAGCAAUGGAAUCCAGACAAAAGGAACUUUAAUUUCAAGAAGGCACCUGGUCGUUACUUUGACAAGAACAAGCCCUUCCAAAAGCACCAGCAAUUCACACCGAAACCCCCUAAUAAAGCCUUUCUGCCAACAAAUAAGAAAAUAAUAUUUGACGACGAAGGAGAAGUGUCGAAAACAAUUACUGCGCCGAAGAAGACCCCGCGAUACCUUGAAGAAGCGAGAAGAGAAGUUUACCCGGCAGAAGAAGGAAGCGUGGCGGUUAACGCAGCACCCGAAGUUGAGGAGGACGGCAUCAAAUGGUAUCAACAUUACGCCCAAUAUAAUACAAACGCAGACCUAGUAGAGCUGAAGGAAAAUGAGCUAAAUGCGUUGACGAGCGCAUGUAAAUUGAGCUUUGAGUCCGAACUCCCGCAUUUCAUUAAGAAAAAUCCAUCGGACGCCAAGUGGUUGCAGACAGCUUUGCAUAAAGGCACAGCCAAGGAUCAGGUGAAUUCGGGCGCUUUGCUCGUACACACGAAUCCUCUUGCAAACUUGGAUUCUUUAGAAAUUUUGAUCGGACUCUGCAAAGUAUCGAAUCGUGCUAGCACCGAAGGGUUAUUCGUCAUCUCUGAAUUGUUCAUGGAAGUGCUGAUUCCAGCAGAUCGUAAGCUUCUGUCGUUAUCGUUGCGGGGAGCAGAUUGGAAAGCUCUUCGUUCGAAUGAAAGUAUUCCAAAGGAGACUAAGAGUAAGAUAUAUGCAUUCUGGCAUUUUGAAGCAGCCUUAAAGGAACUUUAUUUCGAAUUUUUGAAAAAUGUUCAACAAUGUCUUCAAACUGGACAGGAUCCGGUAAAAAAUGCUGGUAUUGUUUGUGUAUCAAAGCUCCUUUGUCAUGGUCCCGAAAAAGAACAAUUAUUACUUUCAAUGCUCGUAAACAAGCUUGGAGAUCCUUCGAAUAAAACUGCCGCAAAAGCUUUGCAUCAUCUUUCCGUGGUCGUAUUCAAGCAUCCAAACAUGUGUGGCGUAAUAACAAAUGAAACAGAGAAACUCCUGUUCCGCAACAACAUUUCAGAGCAAGCGCAACAUUUCGCGCUCUGUUUCCUCUCAAGGAUCGCUCCAAAUGGUAACCCAGAUGUGUGCACGAAAUUAGUGAACAUUUGCUUCGCAUUUUUCAAAGUGCUUGUUCAAAGGGGUGCAGUUAACAACAAGACAAUGCAAUCAAUCCUAAGAUGUUUGCAGAAAGCGAUUGUCGAAGCCAAGCCGAUCGCCGGGUCUGCAGAGAUAAUGAAUAAGGAAAUGCAGGACACGAUUUAUCGUCUGGUUCACUUGGCUGACAUACAAAUUUCUAUUCAAACAUUGAGUCUGCUUUUGCAAUUGAUCUCGGCUAAAGGGGAGAACCCUGAUCGGUUUUAUAAUGCCUUGUACAGGAAGAUGACGGAUUUGAGAAUAGGAGGGAUUGGAGCUAGAUGCGCAUCGCAGUUUUUCCACGUAAUUCAUCGUGCCGUCCACCUUGAUAUGAAUAUCCCGCGAGCUAUGGCCUUCAUUAAGCGAUUGUUGCAGAUUUCCAUGUAUAUGCCACCACACAUGACAAUCGGUUGUAUUAUUGUUGCAAAUAAAAUACUGAAAGUGCGACCGGAACUGAGGAAAAUUGAUCCACUAGUCCAGUUAGACGAGCUGCCGGCAAAAGUUGAUACUGACUUGUCGCGAUUUGAUGAUGAUGAAGAUGAAAAAUAUGAAGAUGUAUUGUCUGAUUCCGAGGCUGAGAAGAAAACAAAGGGCGAAAAGGAAAAAGUGGAAGCAUCAUGGCAUCAUUUGAAACUAAACAAGGAAGACUCAAAGAAAGAAGGUGUUCAAAUAAAGGAUGUUGCUGAGACAGGUUAUGAUCCGUAUCAUCGUGUGGCAGCCUAUGCUGGAGCUCAAUUUAUAAAUCGAUUCGAGCUGACAUUACUGCAAAGGCAUUUUCAUCCGACUUGCCAAGUCUUCGCUGAUCUUAUUAUUGCUGCAAAGGGCAUAAACUACUAUGGCGACCCGCUACGUGAUUUCACUCUAACACAUUUUCUCGAACGUUUUUCAUUCAAAAAUCCAAAGAGGUUGAACAACCAAGAUGGAACAAAAUCACCAUAUGGAAAGUCCUACGUUCCGCAGGGCGGUCGGGCCCAGUCUGUGCACUCCCUUACUAAAGACAAUUGUCCAGAAGAAGAACUUUUUAUUUUCAACUAUUUAGAAAAGAAACGAGAACGACAGGUCGUUGAGAAAAAAGAUAAAACCGAAGAUGAAGAUGUUGAAUCAGUGGAUGAUGAUGAAUUCGAAUCCUAUUUGGAUAGUCUUUGCAAAACCGAUGCAACGCUUGAUGAUGGGGACGAUGAUAUGGAUUUCUAUAAGGAAAUGAACGAAACUCUGAAGAAAGGUGAUAGCAAGUCCGGAAAGAAAAAGCAAAAGGCAUCAAAGGCUGAUGAGGAAGACGAUGAUAGUGAUGUCGAAAUGGAUGACUUCAGUGGUGGAGAAGAAGGUAGCAUAUCAGAAGAUGAAGAUGGGGAAGCUGUUGGCAGUGAUGGUGAAGCUAUCGGCAGUGAUGAUGAAGGUUCCAUCUCUCUGGAUGAGGCUGAUUCUCAACAAUCGGACGAGGGAGAUGAUUCUGGCAAAGAAGAUUCCGACGACGAUGGUGAUUCCGAUGCUGGUAAUAGUGAGGAUGAAGAGGACGCGAGUAUGUCAGAGGAUGAUGAUUAUGAGCCAUCCCAAAAGAAAUCAAAGGGGGCUCUGAAAACAGAUAAACAAUUCACUAAAACAUUGAAACGUUCAAGUGAUAUGAGUUCACUAUUUGCUGCGGCUGAUGACUUUGCAGAACUCCUAGAAGAGACAGGGAAAGAUAAGCAACAUGGAACAUCGAACGCCAUUUUUAAUAAAGAUAAAUCUUCGGCAAAACAAUUGAAAUGGGAAGAGAAACGACAUCAGAAUAUUUCUGGCAAGCCAAGAUUUAAUAAUAAGAAAUUUGGCAGAGGUGGAAGGCAAAGUAACUUUAGGAGGAAAUAAGAAUGUGCCAGAUUUAUAUGUUUUUAAUACUUAAUUAAAGUUGAAUAAAGAAUAAAAUUAA